AUGCCUCCAGGUCCAAAGGUGAGAGGAAGAGCCCUUAAAAGAGCCGGCCCCCGUUCUUUCGGACAGAGACGCCGUCCAGCCCGGGAUCCCCAGCCCAGCUGCAAAAUGCAACAUCUGGGCAGACUGUGGACUUGGUCCUGCAUCUGCUUUGCCAUCCACCUGGCCGCCGCAGCUGCAUCCAUAGAGGACGAGAAGACCCCGGGCUACUGGAACCGGCGAGCCCAGAGGACGCUGGAGGCAGCCUUGGCCCUGACGCCCGUGACGCACCGCGCCAAGAACAUCGUCCUCUUCAUGGGCGACGGGAUGGGCAUCUCCACCGUCACGGCCGCUCGCAUCUACAAGGGGCAGCUGGAGGGCGGGCCCGGCGAGGACAGCUUGCUGGCCAUGGAGACCUUCCCCUACCUGGCUCUCUCCAAGACAUACUCUGUCGACCGGCAGGUGCCCGACAGCGCCAGCACGGGCACUGCCUACCUGUGCGGGGUGAAGGCCAACGCCAAGACCCUGGGGGUGAGCGCCGCGGCCCAACACGGCAAGUGCGGCACCACCUUCGGCAACGAGGUGGACUCCGUGCUGCACCGGGCCAGGCGAGCGGGCAAAUCCGUGGGCAUUGUGACUAGCACCCGUGUGCAACAUGCCUCGCCCGCGGCUGCCUACGCCCACACGGUCAGCCGGACGUGGUACAGCGAUGCCAGCUUGCCCAAGGAGGCCGCGCGGCAGGGCUGCCGGGACAUUGCCUACCAGCUGGUGCACAACACGGACAUCAAUGUGAUUCUCGGUGGUGGGCGGACGUACAUGAUGCCCAGGGGGACGCCGGACCCUGAGUACCCGCAGGACCCGAAGCAGAACGGGGCGAGGAAGGACGGGGUCCACCUGAUCCAGACGUGGCUCAGCACCAGGAAGGGGGCCAGGUACGUCUGGGAUAAGAAGGGCCUGGACUCGGUUGAUGAGACGUCCACCGACUACCUCAUGGGCCUCUUUGAGCCCAAGGACAUGAAGUACCAGCUGAACCGCAACACGUCCACGGACCCCUCUCUCGUGGAGAUGACGGAGAAGGCCGUCCGCAUCCUGCGCCGCAACCCCCGCGGCUUCUUCCUCUUCGUGGAAGGAGGCAAGAUCGACCACGGGCAUCACAGCGGCAAGGCCAAGAAGGCCCUGACCGAAGCCAUCAUACUGGACCAGGCGGUGGCCAAGGCCGUGGAGCUGACCGAUGCCGCCGAGACCCUCACCGUGGUGACAGCUGACCACUCGCACGUCUUCAGCUUUGGUGGCAACACGCCGCGUGGCAGCAGGAUGCUGGGACUGGCGCCCAAGAAGGCCAGGGACAAGCGGCCGUACACCAGCAUCCUGUAUGGCAAUGGGCCCGGUUAUGCCAUCAAGAACGGGAGUCGCCCUGACAUCAGCCUCACGGCCAUCGAGGACAAAGACUACCGGCAGCAGGCAGCCGUGCCCCUGGACACCGAGACGCACGCCGGCGAGGACGUGGCCAUCAUGGCCAAGGGCCCCAUGGCCCACCUCUUCCACGGGGUGCAGGAGCAGAACUACAUCGCCCAUGCCAUGGCCUACGCGGCAUGCCUCGAGCCCUACCACACUGGCCCCGAGUGCCAGGCGCCCAGCGGGCGAUCCGGCAGCCCGGGUCUCUCCCCCUUCCUCCCGCCCGGCCUCCUCGCCCUGGCCGCAGCCUCCCGCCUGCUGGGGGUCUGAGAGCAGGUCCCGCCGGCCCCGGGUGGGACCGAGUGUCCUCAGGCCCUGCCGUGUAUAUAACUUUGUAAUAAAGCCCUGCU